ACAUGUCAAGAUCUAUAAGUAAUACAAAUGAAACAAACACUUUAAAAAUCCCAACAUCAUCAACUUCUAACAAUAUCAGCAAUCCUACUCCAUUAGAAAUAAUACAACCUCCAAUUAUUCCAAACGUCACCAAACAACUAAAAAGGCUCAUCUCAUUUUCUCCAGAAAUUAAAGCAAAUACCACACAGACCGAUUCACAGAUCUUCACUUCUCCUGUAGCAAGGAAAUCAAAGAAAUAGACAAAAACGUCAAAAAGAAAUUCUCGCAAAGAACUUUUACUUUCUCUAGAGACAAUUAAAGGCAAAAUUGCAAAUAGAUCACCACCAUUUGUCUCUAACUACGACGAAAUAUGUGACUUUCUGGAAAACACACUAAACGCGAAACAUCCUGAAAUAACUUCAAAAGAUUAUUAGAACGAAACAACCGAACUAAUUCAGAUCCUUAAUUUUGUUCACGCUUAUACCCACAAUUCAAAGUCAAAAAAUAAUAUAACUCGAUUAAGAAAGAAACUAAGCCCCAAUAAUUUCUCUUCCACAGGAGAGACCGAUGAAACACAUUCUCAGGCAGAACUCGAAAAUGUCUAACCCCUUUAUAUUACAGUGGAAUAUUAAUGGGUUCUAUACCCAUUUAGAACAAUUAAAACUUCUAAUAAAUGAAACAUGCCCUAAGAUCUUAUGUCUUCAAGAAACUAAUUUUAAGCAAUCCAAUAUUAAUCUUCGAAACUACCAAUGUUUUCCAAAAAACAGAAUAGCACAACAGGCACGUGGCGGAGUAGCCAUCUUUCUAAGAAGAGACCUAGAAGUUAAGCCGAUCACAUUAAGUACUAAUCUCGAAGCUGUAGCAGUAAGUAUUACAUACCUAAAACAUAUUAACAUAUAUGCAACAUUUAUUUACCACACCCUAGUGAAUUAGAUCUACAAGAACUAAAUAACCUUCUCAAAAAAAUUCCACAUCCAAAAAUAAUUUUAGGGGAUAUGAACUGUCAUCAUCCUGCAUGGGGAAGCUCUAAAAUAGACAAAUACGGUAAUUUAAUGAAACAUCUCAUCGACUCUUCUGAUCUGCUAUUACUUAAUACAGGAAACUCUACAAGAUUUAACUCUUAUAAAGGCUCAUUUUCCUCCAUAGAUUUAUCACUAUGCAGUCAAUCCUUAUCAACGUUUCUCACCUGGAAUACUUUAAAAUCUUUAUAUGACAGUGAUCACUUUCCUAUCUGCAUCUCAUCAAAUGAAAUUCAAUCGCCUAAUUUUCAAAUCUAUCAAUCCUGGAAAUUAAAGACUGCAAAUUGGUCGUCUUAUCAAGUUGACAUUCAAAAGAAAAUUGAAAACUAUUAUAUAAGUAAUGACAUAAACUCUAAUAUUUCGUCCUUAAACCACAUAAUUACAGAAGCAUCUCUAAAAAAUAUAGGUAAAACGAAGCUCUGCAAAAGACCACCAGUACCAUGGUGGAACAAUGAAGUAGCACAAGCUCUAUCUUUUAAUAAAUUUAAAAAACACAAAGCUAAUGAAAAUUUACUUAGUUUCAAAAAUCUCAGAGCAAGAGCAAAAUAUCUUAUAAAAAAAGCAAAAGAGAUACCUGGAGAGAAUACGUAUCUUCUAUAAAUCCUUCAACGCCCUCCGAAGUUAUUUGGACAAAAAUUCGUAAACUCAAAGGGUCAAAUUCUUUUAGACAUAUAAACACAUUAACACACAAUAAUAAAUUAAUUAGCUGCAAAAAUACAAUUGCAGAAGUUUUAGCUGAUGUCUAUCAAUAAAAUUCCAGCGAUAAAAAUAUUUCUUACGAAUCUCUAACACACAAAAAAAACAUAAAAGCUUCUACAAUCCCUAUAAAUAACUCCGGCAGUCCCUUAAAUGUACCUAUAACUCUUCAAGAGUUAGAAUUUUCCCUAUCAAAUCUAGAAAACACAUCUGCAGAACCAGAUGAUAUUCUACCAGUCUUUAUAAAAAACCUACCCCUCGAAGCCAAAUUAAUUCUGUUAGAUUUAUUUAAUACCUCUUUCGUAAAGCACGAAUUCCCAGAUCUCUGGUCUCAAGCAAUAAUCAUUCCUAUUAUUAAGCCUAACAAACCAAAAGACAACCCUACCUCUUACGGACCUAUCUCUCUUACGUGUUGCAUGUGCAAGAUCCUUGAAAAAAUAUUAAACCUCCGCCUCAUUUGGUACUUAGAAAAGUACAAUGUCCUUACUACUUUCCAAAGCGGUUUUCGAAGUGGUAGAUCCACAACAGACAACCACGUUGCAUUACAGACUUCAAUUAAUGAAGCUUUUGCCAACAAUCAAAAACUAAUAGCAAUAUUUUUCUAUAUAACCCAAGCUUUCGAUAGAGCAUGGAGACACUGUAUUCUACAAACAUUGAAAGAGAAUGGAAUUGAAGGUCGCAUGCUGGCAUUUAUAAAGAAUUUCCUAAAAAAUCGCUCAAUUCAAGUUGAAUAAAUGGUGUUACAAGUUCACCUAAGAGAUUAGACAACGGAAUCCCUCAAGGUUCGAUUCUUAGUCCAACUCUAUUCUUACUCGCUUUCAAUAGUAUUAUGAAUGUAAUUAAAGCACCCAUUAAAGCUAGUAUUUAUGCAGAUGACAUUGUUGUUUACACCAAAUCAAAUAACGUAAUGACAGCCACAAAAAUUAUACAAAGUUUCCUAAACCGGCUUCAAAACUGGACGAUGAAAACGGGAUUUACUUUUUUUGGUGAAAAAACACGAUAUUUUAUUUUUAAUAAAAAUAAAACCCAUCUAACAACUAAUCUAACAUUAAAUAAUUCACUUUUAGAGCAGUCAAAAGAAACAGACUUUCUAGGUCUAACUUUCGAGAGAACUUUAAAUUGGAAUUCGCAUAUAAAUAAACUACGGCUUUCCUGUCAAAAGAGAUUAAAUAUCCUCAAAAUAUUAUCCAAUAAAAUUUGGGGAGCUGGUUAUAAAAUAUUAAUUAAUCUUUACAAAUCUCUCAUCAGAAGUAAAAUCGAUUAUGGUUGUAUAUGGUUGUACACCUUAAAAAACUAAACAGUAUUCAAACUACAGCUUUGUGAUUGGCAAUAGGUGCAUUUAAAACUAGUCCGGGUAGUAGUAUGCAAGCUCUAACGGGAGAACCACCAUUACAUAUAAGACGACAGCAACUAUCUUUGAACUACAUUGCAAAAAUAUCAUCCCAAAAACAGCAUCCUGUUUUCUCUCACAUAUGCAACCCUGGUCUUCCUCCUAACAAAAAAACAAAAAACUCUACACCCCUCAUAGACAGAAUCAAGCUCACAAAUUUCGAUAGGAGUCAACUCAAUGUAUCGCUAAAUAUAAAUUCAAACUUUCCCCCAUGGACAAACCACCCAUUAACUAUUGACUUAACACUAACAAAGUAUCCCAAAUUAACUACAAAUCCCACAAUAAUUAAACAUCUAUUUAUGGAAAUUCUAGACCACUAUCCUAAGUAUUUGCAAAUCUUUACCGACGCCUCUAAAACUCCAAAUAGUCACGCUGCUGCCUACUACUCUAAUGUAAAUUCUUACAGCAUAUCAAUACCUACAAACUGCAGUAUUCUUACAGGCGAGACUACAGCUAUUUUGGAAGCCCUAAUAUUUUUCAAGCAGAGCAAAACGAUGAAAUGCAUCGUCAUAACAGACUCAUUAAAUGCAUUAUUAGGGCUGAAACAAAUGUAUACCAAAAACACUAUUUUACAAAGAAUAAAAAAUGAACUAGAAACACUUCGAGCAUUAGGAAAGGAAGUGGUUUUUAUCUGGGUACCUUCACAUGCAGGUAUAUAUGGAAAUGAAAAAGCAGAUGAAUUGGCAAACAAAAGUCGAAUGAGCGCAAACCAUACAGCAAAGUUGAAAACAUAUCCGUGUACGGACCUGAAGAACCUGGUUAAAGUCCACUGUACUAAUACAUGGCAAAAUCAUUCGGAAAAAAUAUGUAGCAAAUUAAAAGAAAUCUACACAAAAAUAGAUGUUGUUCUGGAUAAUCCCUCCAACAGAAGAAACUAAGUUAUUAUUAACCGUCUAAGAAUUGGCCAUACUGCCUUAACACACAAAAACUUAAUAACAAAAGAACCACCACCAAUCUACUCCAACUGCUUCGAUCCACUGACUGUCAAACAUAUCCUGCUUGAGUGUCCGCAAUUCCAGAACGAAAGAAGAUCCCAUAGAAUCUCAGAUGAUGACCUCAAGACAAUCCUCACCAAAAAGAUUGCAUCAGUGUUGACAUAUUUAAAAGACAUCAAAUUGUAUUGUCAUAUCCACUAAUAACUCUGCGCGGUUGAUGUGGUUUUGUGUUUAAAUAAAAAAAAAAACCUUUGGGGGAACAGUGAUACAAAUGCAAAUUUUUCACAAAAAAAAGUGUUGAGUUAUCAACCCUACACGAUUAAUACUCGUCUUUGUCUGGGAACCCAAAAGUCAGUAUUGCAACUCUUCCUUUAUUUAACUGAAAUAAUAUAUGUAUUUUUUAUAAAUAUAAAACCAAACUAAAUUUAUUAAUAAAUAAAUAAAACUUUAUUGAUUUAUAAAACCAAAUAAACAAUUAAAGCAAAUAAAUAAAAAAACUGUUACUGUCAUUGAACAUUAUAAACAACAAAAUUCAGAAGCUAUCAACGACAUUUGAUAUUGUUUAUCCUUGUUUAACUUAUUGUGAUUUCUAUGCAAAAGCGGCUUAAUUUUGCGAUACUAGUUUCUGUGAGUUAAAAAGAAACCUAGUAUAAAAAGUAGUUCGUGAAUAAUUUCGUGCAUGGGAAAACUUAGAGUGGAAGUACUUUUUUAUAUUAUAGCAAUCAAGAAGCUACAAGUUACAAGUUACAUGACUCUGGCCGGAAUGGCGGUACCUGAAUGACAUGCGUCUGUCAUCGGUCUUCUUCUUUUACCUUUUUAACAUAUUAUAUUACACGUUCCCUUUUUUUUUACUAAAAUACAUCGUACAAAACUAAAAUACAAAUACAAACAAGUAGCAACCUUAACUUAUUAUAUUAUUAAUUAUAACUUAUUAUAGAGUGGAGGAAAGUAUGCUAAAUUUGCAGUUACUCGAGCGUUAUGGGGACCGAUUGGGUUGUGAAGAGUAGGUCCUAAAACCAAAAAAGUUAGGUAAAGUUUUCCAUAAAGUGAAGUGGGGGACUUUCCAUUUUUUUAAUUUAAUUUUCCAUUCCAACACUCGAUUUUUCCGAUUAUAGCGUAAUAUAUCCAUAAUUCGAAAAAAUAUCUCGAGUAAAAGUUACUUAUAUUUACGUAAUGAAUUAAAAUUUUCAAUAAAAAUUGGGGACUCCUAUUUAAGAUUUUAAAGUAACCCCCCACCCCAGCUCCGUGGGGAGUCGUGUUUGGUGCUAUUCGAUAGAUUUUUCAAAAAUAUUGAAUACGUGUAUUUUGCAGUUUUUCGAUCUGAUGUUCAUUUCGCGAAAUAUCGCGGGGUUCGUAUUUAAAAUUUAAAAUUUACCCCCCACCCCUCUCCGUGGGGGGUCGUGUUUGGUAUCAUUCGAUAGAUUUUAAAAAAAUAUUUAACAGGUAUUUUUUAGUUUUUCGAUCUGACGUUCAUUUCGCGAAAUAUUCCCUUUUUUGUGAAACUUUGUGACUUACCCAUUUCCUUACGCCACCUCAAAUCGUCAGAUUUUUGAAAUAUACACUUUUUUGCAUGUACUUAACAUACCUUAUCUUAAUCUCAAGUCAAUCUAAUAUCCUAAUUUCGAGUUUUUCUAAGGAUAGAUUUUUUUCAGACCCCCUUAACGAACUCCCCUGUAUUGAGAGACAAUAUAUGGUAGAGGUAGAUUUCCAUGGUACAAGGUUUCUCUCCAUGUGAUAAUCUGACGCGCUCGAGUAACUGCAAAAAUCCCCGCUUGGGCUAUUUGGGCUACCAUUAUUACCACAAUUUCAAAUUAACACAAUAUAGUCCUUUAAAUAUGUAGGAUGCUUGAGAGAUAUCUUAUUCAUUUUAAUGAUAGUGUUACUUUCCUCCUCAUCUCUUACAUUCAGUAUAGUACGUUCUUUAACGGUAAAAUAUUGCAAAACCUCUAAAUUUUAAAGAACCGCUUGGAUUGACAUGAAAUUUGGCAUACACAUAGCUAACAAGUCAAAGAAAAAAAGUGAUAUUGUGCCGAUAUGUGCUUUUGCUCUGGGGGUGGUUUUCACCCCCUCUUGGGGGUGAAAAAAUAUUCGUCCAAAGAAAGUCAGGAAAUGGAUAAACUGGCUAAUUUUAAGUAACUUUUGUUCUAUAGAGUUUUUUCACUAAGUCAAUACUUUUCGAGUUAUUUGGCAGUGAAUAUGUUCAU